CGAUCGUCUAAUUGCAAUUUCUGGUUUUUCUGCAAGCGUAUAUCAAUUUUUAGAAUAAUUUGCUUAUCAAGACAGAUGCUAAAAAUUACAGAAUUUGAUGAAAAGCUUUCUAGCAUAUUUGAAAUUUUCGUGAGAUCUUUAUGAAAAAUGUUCUUCAUUUUUUUGUUUGUUGACCGUUGCACUUAGACUUGUGAGUAAGUGUUCAUAUUUUCCGCCAACAAAAAACAACAUUUAAAAGAGAAAGACAAUAGUUUUGUAGGAGAGAAUAUCUUUUAACACAUAAGCAUAAAAUGAACUCUAAUGCGCUGAGAAGUGUUCUAAAAAAAGGAAAAAGUACUGUCAUGUUUAAUAUGGACAAUUCGUUAUGAUUAAAGAAGAAUUUCAUUGAAAUGUUAUAUUGAAUCUUUUAGAAAAUGAAAUCAACAGUUGCAGCUGAAGCAGUACAAGCAAUGAAUCCAAAUAUGCAUGUUCGUGCAUAUGUUGAUGAAGUUUUAUCAGAAACCGAACAUAUUUUCGACGAUCACUUUUUCGAACAAUUGGAUGCUGUUGUUAAUGCACUUGACAACGUCAUAACUCGUCAAUAUAUUGAUCGUCGUUGUGUCUAUCAUCAGAAACCAUUGGUCGAUAGUGGAACAUUAGGUACAAAAGCAAGUGUUCAAGUUAUUGUUCCAUUUCUUACUGAAUCCUAUUCUUCAACCACUGAUCCACCUGAUCCAUCAGUGCCAAUGUGUACUUUACGUAAUUUUCCAAAUUUAAUCGAACAUACAAUUGAAUGGGCGCGUGAUAGUUUUGUUAGUCUGUUUACGAUGCCUCCUCAACAAGCCAAAGAAUUUCUGCGAAGCCCAAAAGAAUUUGCCGAACGAACAGCUAAAAAUCAUUCUGAAUAUGACAAAACUGAAAUAAUUGAAAAUGUUAAACGUAUUCUUGGUGAAAAACGUCCAAAAAUUUUCACCGAUUGUAUCGAAUGGUCACGUAAUCUUUUCGAACAACAAUUUCAUAAUUCUAUUGCUCAAUUACUUUAUAAUUUUCCACCCGACCAUAUUACAAGUAAAGAUGAACAUUUUUGGAGUGGAAAUAAACGAUGUCCACAUGUUUUAAAAUUUGAUGUUAAUAAUAAACUUCAUUUGGAUUUUAUUGUUGCUGCAUCAAAUUUACUUGCAUGCAUCUAUUACAUACCACAAACAUGUGAUCGUAAACUAAUUGCUGAAGAAGUUGUAAAAACACAUAUACCUGAAUUUAAACCAAAAUCAGGUAUAAUAAUACAUGAAAAUGAUGAACAAGUAAGAGCUGAUCUUGAACGACACAAAAAUAUAAGUACAAGGCGCAAACAUAGUCAAAGUGGAAACGAUGUACAAGCUGAACAACUUCUUAGUCGAUUACCUAAACCUGAAGAUGUUCUAGAUAUUAAAAUUCAGCCACAUGAAUUUGAAAAAGAUGAGGAUACACAUUUUCAUAUGGAUUAUAUUACAGCAACAGCAAAUUUACGAGCUGAAAAUUAUGAAAUACAAAGAGCUGAUCGAAGUAAAAUCAAGAGAAUUGCAGGAAAUAUUAUUCCAGUUAUUGCAACAACAACAGCAAUGGUUACUGGACUUGUUUGUCUUGAAGUUUAUAAAUUUGUUCAACAUCAUAAAAAUAUAGAAUCAUAUCGAAAUGGAUUUGUUAAUUUGGCUUUACCAUUUUUUGGAUUUUCUGAACCAGUACCACCAAAACGUCAAAAGGUAUAUAAGAAUGAGACACGAAAAAAAUAUCAAUCAGUUUUUUAA